AUGCUGAAGCAAACACAUGCUUUGAUCCUAACUUCAAACGUGCAAGAAGGGGUUUUUGGAGUUGCUUCAAAGUUGGCAUCAUUAUACAUUCUGUUUAACGACUUUCGCAGUUCUGUAUCAGUACUCAAAGCUAUGAAAGAGACUAACAGCUUUGCUUGGAACUCAGUGAUUAAGGCCCAUGUGCAUUCAGGGCUCAGUGAGUCGGCUGUUUUUGUGUUUAAGCUCAUGAGGGAAAUGGGUGUUUCAUGUGAUGGCUAUACAUUUCCUAUAUUGAGUAAACUGGUGGUGUUGCUCGAAGGUGGGUGUGCCGGUUUUGCAGAAAUGAUUCAUUGUGUGGCGGUGAAAACUGGUUUUCAAUAUGAUAUAUACUUCUGUAACACGAUGAUCGAAGCUUACCUGAAAGUAGGGUGUUUUCGAAAUGCUUUGAACCUGUUCGAUGAAAUGCCUAGCAGAGAUUUGGUUUCUUGGACAUCGAUGAUUUCGGGGUACGUUUUUGAAGGGAACGAAAAUGGGGCCUUCGAACUAUUCAGCAAAAUGCGAAAGGAGGUCGAGCCCAAUGAGGUGACAUUGAUUGUGAUGGUGCAAAUGUGUUGUUCUGUGUUUGAAGUGAGGCAGAUUCAUGGGUAUGUGAUCAAAUCCGGAUCCUUGGUUGAUAUUUCUUUGAAAAAUUCAAUCUUGAAAAUGUUUGCUGAUUUUGGUAGUGUGGGUGAUUUCGAAACUCUAUUCGAAGAAACUGCUACACGGGACGUCGUUACUUGGAAUACAAUGAUUCACUUGUAUUUUUCUAAAAGAAGUCCCAAGAAAAUAAUUGAUUGUUUGAAUAAAAUGAGAUGUGAAGUAAACCCAAGUAUAGAAACAUUUACACUGAUUACUUCAGGGCUUGUUUGGUGUGAAAAUCAUCACAGCCUAGGCACACAGAUACAUUCCCUUUCUCUUAAAAGUGGGGUUUUUGAUGAUGUUCUAUUGAGUUGUUUGUUGGACUUGUAUGCAAAUUCUGGGUAUUUUAAAGAAGCUAUUCUUUUGUUCAAGCAAAUGUUAGCAGCAAAUGUUAAGCCCGAGGUCAAUAAUAUGAGAAGCUUUAUUGUCGCGUGUACACACUUAUGUGCUCUACGGUUAGGCAAAGCUGUUCACGGGUACUUCAUUAGAAAUUACGCAUUUGCCCCCGACGAGAAUAAUGUCCAAUCGUUAGAGACAUCGCUUCUCAACAUGUAUGUCAAGUGUGGAGAUAUUCCUUCUGCAAGGAUAUGUUUCGAUAAAAUGCUCGUAAAAGAUCUCGUGGCAUGGUCAUCGAUGAUUGAAGGCUACGGCACACACGGAUUAGGCUCGGAAGCUCUCAAGAUUUUCAGUCGAAUGAUUAGCGAAAAAAUAAAACCAAACAGUAUCACCUUCUUGAGUUUAUUAUCCGCUUGCAGCCACUCGGGCCUUGUACACGAAGGCUGCAGAGCCUUAAACAACAUGAAAUCCGAAUUCAAUAUCGAGCCCGAUUUAGAUCAUUACACUUGCAUCGUGGAUUUGUUAGGCCGUUCGGGAAACAUCAAAGAGGGUUUGUCGGUUAUUCUGAGGAGAGUGGUUUUGCCGGACAGUAAAAUAUGGUCGGCACUUUUGUCGGCCGCUAGGGUUCAUAAUGACUGGAAAAUCGGAGGUUAUGCAGCACGGAAGGUUCUAGAGCUGGAAAGGGAUAAUCCCGGUUAUUACACUUUGUUUAGCAAUGUACAAGCAGGUUCGGAAAAAUGGGAUGAGGUACAACAAGUUAGGAGUGUUAUGAAAGAGAUGAAUAUGAACAAGAGUCCUGGUUGGAGCUGUUUGGAAGUUAAAGGAGUUUUUCAUGGCUUUGUGAGUGGAGAUAGGUCACAUGAACAAGUGGAAGAGAUAUGGGCAAUGGUUGAGUUUUUCAGUAGAAAUGGGUUAGAAGAAGUAGGCAAUGGUUUGUGUAACUGA